AUGAAAUCGCAAACCACUGACCAAGUUUUGGAGACCAUAGGCAGCUUUGGUCGUUUUCAGAUCGUUCUCAACAUAUUUUGUAACUUAGUAUAUUCUUUUUGGUGGUCUGUUCCUGUGAUGGGAAUGGUUUUCAUCGCGGGAGAGCCUGGCUGGAAGUGUAAAAAUAAAACUACCUGUCCCUUUAAUGAAACUAUUAAUCUCGGAGGUGACAUGUACUCCUUCAGAUGUGAUAUUCCAAGGAAAGACUGGGAGUUUGCUGAUGACUUCACGUCAGUUGUAACUGAGGUAUUUAUUCACUUCACCACAGUAUUGCCACCCCCAUUUUAAUCAAUUUUGCCCCUUUCUAGUAAAUUUCAAUAUCGCUGAUGCUUAGUGAAACCUUUAUGCGAUCGAAUUCAAUUAUUCAGUGGCGGAACAUUUCGUGAAUCAGGAAUCCAAAAUGUUUUGAACGUGCAUCAUUUUGCAAAUAACAUUUUUAAUGUAAUAUUUCUUUGGAUUCAUAGUUCGACCUGGUGUGCGAUCGAGGAUCUUUGGGUUUCGUAUCAACCUCCGUUAUCUUCGCCGGUUUUUUCAUCGGGAGCAUUGUUGUGAGUCCAAUCUCUGACAAGUUUGGCAGAAAGCUUCCUCUUUUCAUCUGCGGCUUUUUGUGCUGUGUUUUACAUUUUGCUUCAUCCUUUGCUCCUGUCUUCUGGUUGUUUACUCUUUCUCGAGCCAUCAUUGGGUUUAUGAUUGGUGAGACUUAUGAUUCAUUUUUAUUUUACUUAAUACAAGUGAAUUUUUCAGCCUUCACUCACAAGCCAUUCGGUGGUAAUUCAUUCUUAAAGUACUCCAGCUCUAACCUUGGUUCCAAAGAAAAUCCAAAGGUGUUUGCUCAGUGUAAAAGGUUUAAGUUUGCGAAGGUUAGGCCUAGGUCAAACGUCUAAUUUUCAUGAGACCAACCAAACUUAAUUUUGGUCGACCUAAAUUGAGUUAAGAUCGUCUGUUGGGUCAGUCAUCGACGCGUCGAACACCCAAUCAACAAACAAACAAUCAAACCAAAAACACAAUUUUAAUAAAUUUUCUCCCCAACGAGGCUAAAUAUACUUUAUCAUACAAGUUUUUAAUUUUUAGUUAUUAAUAAGUUCGUUUCAUGUGAAGAACUGAGGCAGACGUCGAACUUUUCAUCAACUUAACUCACUAAGUUUGGUUCGUCUUAUGAAAAGUUCGACGGUUUGCCUUACCUUAGGUAUAGGAUUGUUGAUUUUAGAGAUAUUAUGUACUCUUUGUUUUCCAUAAAUCAAGUGAAGCCCGUUCUUACCAUAACCACAAGUCAGUAGGCAGUCAUAGGCUCGAGUUUCUGUUCCAUGCCAAAACUUGAUCAUGUUCGUCAUAGGUUCUAACCCUUCAAUAGAGUCAACGAUUAUGGAUGUCGAAAGACAGGGUGGGUUAUUGAGUUAUUGAGUCCAGAAUUAACUCUUUGAUCUUUUUUUGUAAGGUGCGUUCAGCAUCCCGUUAUUUGUGCUGUUAACGGAAUUCUCUGGUGUACGUCACAGGGGAAUGACAGGGGGGAUGGUAUGGACUGGUUUCUUUUUGAUGGCCAUGGCUUUGGCGGGGUGUGCAUACGCCAUACGGGAUUGGAGAACCUUCACCAUGGUGACCGGAGCUCCGGGAAUUCUUCUCGUUUCUGGCUGGUUGUAAGUAAAAACAAAGUGUCUGCCUGGGACGACGACAACGACGUCGGUCCACAUUUGAAUCUAAAGAAAAGUAACGGCUUUCCCAAAGGAUAAAAACAACUGUCUUCGUAAAGCGAAUCUGUAAAGUUUACCUCCACUUCUUUCCUUUCCCUUCGCCACCCCCAUCUCAUUCCGUAUUUUUGCAUUUUGCCCGAGGUUUUUUCGCUAAUGGGUACAUGAAAAUCAGCUCCCAGCUGUUGACUUGCGCGCUCAACAGGUAGAGCUGUGCACCGGUAUCGCAGAGGUCUUGAAUGGCAAUUUCACAAUAUAAGCCUGAAUUUCAGGUUUUCUUUCCGCACAGUAGCGUCUACAACUGCGAUGACUUUCGUCACGUUUAAAGUUUUGUUGUUAUUGUUGUUAUAUGUUCAAUGGAUAAGCCCUUUAGAAGGGUGGUGUUACUGCAUAGUAGAUUGUACCGUUGUAAGAAAGAAAAAAAAAUAGUAAAAUUGCUUUUGGUGUGAUAAAUACAUGAUAAAUCAUGCGUGAAUUAGUUUAAAUUUUUUUCUAGUUUUAUCCCAGAAUCUGCUCGUUGGCUUCUUAAGAGAGGACGGCAAUCUGAAGCAAGAACAAUUUUCGCUAAAGUUGCACGAUCAAAUAAAAAAGAAAUGCCAGAGGUAGAACUGAAAUUGCCAAAAGAAGAAACACUUGGUGACUUACGAGAUCUGUUUUCUUCGCGAAAAAUGGCUCACAGGACGCUUGUCUCUUGGCUUAUCUGGUAAGGGUGUUUUUGUUUUUACAAGAAUAUCAUAGUUGUACAUAUUUCUCGAAAGAAAAAUAAAUCAAAUUACCCUGGCUUUUUCCUUCGCUAAUAAAUAUGUGGUAAGGGAUGCUUAUGACGUGAAUAUUACAUAAGUUUUAAGGAGGCUGAGUACGAAAUCAUCAGGAAUUACGCAAAUGAAGGAGAGUGUUGUUCAGGGUUGUAAGAUUCUCUUAUAACUUUUGGCAGAAAAUUGUCCACAAUUAAUGUUCUGCUUGUUCUCUGUUCAUUAGGUUUGCUGCCUCCUUUGUUGCAUGGGGUACAGCCUUUGCGUCUCCAUUUGUUGGAGGUAAUAUGUACGUGAACGUUGUGAUUACGUCCUCUGCCGGCGUGCUUGGAUAUCCAGUUAGUGGGAUUUUGACUCUAAGGUAAUUGAACUAAUUAUAAUCGAACUUGUAGCUUUAUCGGCUUCUGCUUUGGGGUAUAGUAAGAUGUACAUUUGUAGAUACCCGAAACAGGGAAGGCCGGAAUUUCAAGAGACUCGCCAAUAAUUUUAAAAAGUAGAACUUUUUUCUUUUCAAGCCUCGGACGUACACGCAAAUUUAUACCCCCAGCGUGGUACAAGUUGAUGGAACCCUUCCCAGAGUUUUCGAUAUGUUGCAGUUUUUCGAAACGAGUUUGCCUUCAGUGGAAAGCAUUUGAUCUUCUCAACAAGAUGAGGUAUAUUUUAUGGGUGGUGGAGCUGCUGGAGGCCUGUGACGUCACCAAUAAUGGUCGCCCACUUGGCCGCCAUCUUGGAUUUUACCAAGAAUUAGAAAUCAGGUUAAAACCGCGAGAAAUUGUAAUUUUUUGUGCUUGACAUGAAAAAUCACACAUAAAUACGUAGUUUGCAUCGUUUUAGCCGCAAUUUUUACUUUUAUUAUUGAAAGAAGUUGAAAAAAACAUGUAUUUUCACUCAAAAAUGGCUUGACCACCUGCUACUUAUGACGUCAUAUCUCGUAACCAUAGAAACUGACCAUCACUAAACUCGUCUCAAAAUCUGCGCGAGGGAUGAACGAACAGCUACUGAAAACGUCAGGUGCUGAUGUUUAUCCUCUAGGAAACAACACCCUUCAUGUACGUCCGAGAAUUAAAAUGUAUUAUAGCAUAUCUAAAAAACGUCGAUCAAAUACAAAAUAGAAAAUCAGAAAAAAAAAUUGAACAACUAAACCAGACAAGACACAAAUUUUAGCGGCCUCUUCCUUUUUGACCAGAUGGUUGUGAGCGUAAAGAUGAGUGUAAAUAUAAAGGCUGUUUUCCGGGGAAAACAGUGGCCGCUGUGGGAAGAUGACCGUGGUAGCGAAGUGUGAAGUUUGCCCUUAUAGCAGGUUGCACUAUACAAAAUAACCUUGAACUGGAAGAGCAUAACCUACAACAGAGUUUUAUAGGGAGAGAUCCGAUAGGGUAGCAAAAAUUCCAGUUACCCAAUCUUUUACAUAGACAUUCACGUUUAUGUCUCCAACUCCUCUCUUAGUGGCCCUUAUUCAUCGUGGAACUCUCGCGCACGCUUGCACGUUCAGCGGAGCACCAUAGCUAAGAAAAUUUGGUUAUCUGUACAUCCAAGAAAUAGUCCACUUUCGAGUUCGCUAGAUCGCUGAAUAGGGAGCUUAAGCAACUACGACGACGACCACAACGACGACUUCAAAAAAACAAUAGAUUUAAUAAUAAAAAAAACGGCUCUGCACGUGAAUCACGCUUUUUAGUACAUUUCUUCGACGCCCAAUGCACGACUACGACGUGAAACCUCCUAAUUUGCCCUUUUAUGGAGGUCGUGAAGACACGACGACGAAUUUUCCUUACUCUUUUUGAACCUGAAUAAAAUCGUUAAGAAUUCAACUCCAAGAAAAGUCGCCUGCACUUGACAUAUUGAGCGGGUCAAAAUAGACGCAAUUAAGUUUGAAAGAACGCAAAUUUAUUUUUUUACCGACGUUUCCACUGCCGUCGUCGUCGUCCUCGCUUAAGGUCCCUAAUAAUUGAAGUGAAAACGCGUUUUUUACAGGCUUAUCCUCCAUCUGGAGUUAAUAUAUCUACAAUUUCCGACGAGAUGAAGGCCUCUUUGUUACUCUGUCUAUUGUGUAUUUAAAAAAUUCAAACACUUUUUUGCGGGAAUUCGUGAAUAUUUUACUUUAGUGUAUACUAAAACAGUACAUAGUGUUUUUUUGCGCGCUCUGAUUGGCUACUCAAUCAGUGAAUAUCCUGCACUAUUCACUGAUUCACCUCCAGUUCCUCCGAGCGAGCGACGCCAAGUCGCGUAAGUUGCGAGCAAAAUGCCUUCCUCGGUUGACGCCGUAACAAACAAAGAAAUUUCACAACUAAUCAGGCAAGCUGUUCCCGAAAUGCACAAAGAAGGCGACGAAGUUCGGUUUGGAAGUUUUGACAGCGAGGAGCAAAGCUUUGUCUUUUGACUUGAAUUUAUCGAUAUUAACCGGUGUAAAAGAUUUUUUUACUAGCCACCUCCACUUCGAUGAAUAAUUAACAGUUCAUGAAUGAGGCUGAGUACCUACGGCUUACUGCCUCGACGGAUAACACCCUCCUCUAUCUCUAUAAUUCUUCAUAUGACACGAAAGCCGACUUCAAUAACUUUUUUUAUUAUUCAUUCAAAAUAAUUCCUAGUUUAAAAACAUAGCUAAAACAUGCUUACCUCCAUCGAUCCAUCGAUGUUCAGUUCAUCUUCGAUAGUGUACGUUUAGGUUUGUUCAGCUCCGCAAAUAUUCUCCAAAUAGCAGAUGUCGCCCUUCGAGUUGUCUUCUUGCUGUUCUUGCCAUGUUUUUAGCUAUUUUUUCGUCUAGUUCUUACUCUUGAAACGAGUGAAAUGUCCGCCAUUUUUUCAAGUUCACAACGAAAACAACUCAACCUUGUCCCCAGGUCUUCUCGGUUAACGGUGCCUUAACCUGCGAAAACGCUGCAUUUUUGACGUCAUUUCCUCGUUAAAGUCAAAAUUCUUCCAAAUUUGGUCAUCAGUAACUGGUUAUGGUGAAUUAAACGUGUGCUUUUAGCCAAUCAGAAUCAGGGAAAUAUUUUGAAUGAAUGAUAAUUGUUAUUUAUGUGGAGGCUACCCUGUAUGAAUGUGUCGUUAAUGUUCGUAUUCAGCGGUAAUUUUUAAUUCGAAACUGGACAAAUUUUCCUGAAAAAAUCGUUGUUCUUACUUCCGUCCCUCCGUCCGUACGUCCGCCCUUUCACGCUAGCGGAUGUGUAGUAUCUUAGUUUUUACCUUCCAAAACCAAGGAAUAUACAAGUUGCACUUAACCUGAUAUUGGGCGUCCAUGUCAUGAUCAAUUGACAGCUGCCAAAAUAGGAUACCCGCUGAACAGUGUAAUGACUGUAUCGCAGGCCCACAUGUACAACUCACCGAAGUGACCUGUUCUUUUAAAGGCUCUCUGCUAACAUUUAUGUAUUCAAGUCAUCGCAGGCUCAGAAAACUUUACUUUAGGAAGAUGGUUCUUAAAAGCACUCACGAGGGCUUCGCUUUUAGGUCUUGGCUCGAUCUAUAUUCAAAGUGGACAGACUGCAAAUUAUAGUAGUUGCUAAAAAAUAUAUAUCUACGUGUCACAACUGUUCAUCAGUAUGAUGCCUAAAAUGCCCGCAAUUCCACAAUUGGUUUCGGCUCCAUUAAUUCCUAUACGAAUUGCAGAACAUUUUAGGAGGAGCCACCCACCAUGUGAGCAUAUAUUAUACUAUCUGUUCUGGUCAAAAAAGUCUCAAAAUCUUAAUGGUUACUGCACUAGGUUUCUGGAAAGGUAACAUGCCUUGAAGGAAUUGUUUAUAUUUCUUUCAACAAUUUUUUUCAAAGGUUUGGUCGCCGAAAAAUUCUCAUGGUCUCUUUUUUGGGAGCUGCUGUUGGUGCAAUAGGUGCGGUCCUACUCACUGACAAAGCAGAGGACGAUCAAGGUACGUCAUCAACUUAAAUGACAUGAAAAGGAUGCAAAUAUCGUUUAGGAGUAUUGAGUUCCUUGGAAAUUCUGAGCUAUUCCCAGCACUCGCAUUCUUUCCUAAGCAAUGUAAGAGGCAAAUGAAUUUCAAUUUUUUUAAAAAAUCAAACACUUACUUAUGUAUUGAGAUCACCAAUAAAUCAAUAAAAAAGAAAGGAAAGGAGAGAAAAGAAAUAAGCCAGAAGCCACUAUCGCUAAAGCAACUUUUAAAAUCUCAGCUCCUUAUUACCGCCUAUUCUGAUCAACUGAAUGCCGCCCUUGAACUAGCUUAACUUAGACUGAUGGCUGCAUUAACAACCAACAUCUUUUCUCAAUCUAUCCCUCAGGAUACUUGGCAGGGAAAAUUUUCAUGUCUAUGGUGGUUGCCAAGUUUAGCAUUGAGAUUGCAUUUUCGUUGGUGUAUAUUUACGCUGCGGAGCUGUUUCCGACAACUUUAAGGUGACGUUACUAUAUUGCUCUCGGUUUUUGAUGCCUUAAUUGCUUUAGAUUCGUGGCUGAUAACCCAAAAAUUUUGCCACGAGUUUUUUUCGUUCUUCAGUUAUUUUGCUGAUGUAACGAGAAACCACAGAAAAGCUAAUAUUCAUAACAAAAUUUGACGGCCAACCAAUCUCCUUCCCUUUUCCCCUUUCUCCCUAUCCCCUACCCCUUUCGACGCCUGCUAAGGAGGCUAGGCCAGCUAUGAAUCUCUGCAUCUCAAAUUUACGUUAUAAACCAAACAAAUUAGCAUAACAGCUACAGUUUUGCAUUAACGGUUCAUACUGGUUCUUUCGUUUUUCUCAGGAGUGUUGGCAUGGGAACAUCAACAGCAUCAGCUCGUGUGAGCGCUUUUGCUGCUGCUUACGCGCCUCUUUUGGUACGUGGCCACCCCGAUUGUCCUUAUUGAUUGGGUCUAGGGGAAGGGCCCUUAGGAAACUUGUCCAGUUUUAGCAGUCCCCGCCACCGUCGUUGUUGCUUCAGCUCCCUUUUGAAUCUCGUUCCAAAACAAUAAGAAGCCAAGGAUAUUCCGAGUUGCGAGAGCUAAUCAAAACGUGCAAAAACUAAUUGCUAUCCACCGAUUUGAUAAAUACCAGAAAACUAAUACUUACAACUGGUAGCUAAAUCUUAAAUCGACUGUUACAAAGGUUUUACAUGCAUUUUGUUGGCUCAAUGUUUUUUUCACUAGUAAUAGGACCGGCUCUCAACGACAUUUCAGGUUAACUCAACAUUUGCUUCACCUUUCUUUUUCAGCUCACCGUUCACCGUUUCUUGCCGUUUGGAAUCAUGGCUGGCCUCGCAGUUGCAGCGGCAGUUGCAGUUAUGACUGCACCUGAAACCCAUAACCAACCCACCUUGGAAAAUUUGUGCCUCGAUCAAAAUGAUUACGAUCAAAACAACAAGAAUUCUGAUAAUGUGGACAACGAGAAAAGCACCUUGAUGUAA